UUCGCGAGUCGGCACUCGGCGCGCGACCUGGCGGAGGACGAGGAGCUGCUGCACCAGUGCUCGCUGGACGACGUGCGGAUGGUGCUGUUCACCAACCGGCCGGUGAAGCGGCGCCGCGACGCCCCCGACGGCGAGCACCUCGACUUCCCCCUGGAGGACGUCCUCCGCACGGGCGCCGCGCAGACCGACGGCGUCUUCUCCUUCGGACGCGCGGACGAGGAGGUGUGGAACCUGCUGAGCGGCGACCCGCAAAGCGACGUCUUCCGGCGUGAGUUCCUCCCGCGGCUGCGCGUCUUCUCGGCGCAGGCGCACGCCAACCGCCUGGACGCGCUGCUCGGCGCGGAGCUGGACGCCGCGUGGGGCGCGCCGCUGCCACGCAACGAGGCGCUGCUCGCCGGCCUCGUGGCCUUCCUCAGGGCGUGGGCGCUGGACGACGACUGCGGCGCGCCCCUCACGCACGACUCGCGGGAGCUGCAGGCGCUGGUGCUGGCGGCGCUGGCGAGGCGCGCGGAGGCGGCGGCGGGCGGCGGCGCGCGCCGGCUGCGCUUCCGGGACGGCCAGCUCGCCCCCUUGAGGAAGGUGCGCUGGUCCUUUGCGUCUCAGCUGAAGGCCUCAUCCACCCUUCAGCCUGACCUUGUGCAGCUCGGCCCCACCUAG